GGAUGCUGGUCUGAUCAUUUCACAUGACGAGCAGCUUCGAGGUGAACAACAUGGCCGGUGAGUCGGGUCGGAAGCUUCCGCAAUACAUCGCUGGACUGGCAGCGUCCGGUGGUGCUCUGGCUGCUGGUACCUUCCUCGGAUGGACCUCGCCGGCGGAGAUACCUCUGGUGCAGAAUGCAGAAUAUGGCUUUACCAUUACUUCAGAGCAAUUCUCCUGGAUUGGCUCGAUGGCAAAUCUGGGUGCGGCGUUAAUGUGCUUCCCCAUCGGAAUUAUGAUGAAGCUGAUUGGCCGGAAGUGGGCCAUGUUGAGCUUGGUUAUCCCGCUGGUGCUCGGUUGGCUGUUGGUCAUCUUCGCCAGCAACGUGGCCAUGUUGAUGGUUGGCCGAUUCUUCCUCGGCGUUGGCGGUGGAGCCUUCUGUGUUUCUGCUCCAACCUAUACGGCUGAAAUUGCUCAAUCAUCGAUCCGAGGAACGCUGGGAACCUUCUUCCAACUGUUGGUGACGGUUGGUAUUCUGUUCGCCUACGGGGUCGGUGCCGCUGUCAGCGUACAAACGCUGAGUAUUAUUUGCGGUGUGAUUCCACUUGUGUUUGGAUUGAUUUUCUUCUUCAUGCCGGAAAGUCCACACUACUUUAUUGAAAAGAACCGCUACGACGACGCCUCCAAGUCCCUGAAAUGGCUCCGAGGCAGCCACUAUGACGAACGUGCGGAAAUCGAAGACCUCAAAAAGGAAGACGCCAAGAUGCGCGCCGACAAGAUCACCUUUUUGCAAAGCUUGAAACAGCGAGCAACCAUCCGGGCGCUGAUCAUCUGCCUUGGUCUUGUAUUCUUCCACCAGUUGUCCGGAAUCAAUGCCAUCAUCUUUUACACCACCACCAUUUUCGUCGAUGCCAACACCGGACUGGAAGCCACCGAUGCCACCAUCAUCGUUGGGGUCAUCCAAGUCGUAGCAACCCUCCUGGCCACCUUCAUCGUCGACAAAACCGGUCGUCGAAUUCUGCUGAUGCUUUCGGACUUCUUCAUGGCCAUCGCCACUAUCCUUCUCGCCGUGUACUUCCAACUCAAGGAAAACGAUCCCGCUCAGGUGGAGAACCUCGGUUGGCUCUCGGUACUGGCCGUCUGUCUCUUCAUCGGCAUGUUCUCCAUCGGCUACGGCCCCCUUCCUUGGCUCAUGAUCGGUGAGCUGUUCGCCAACAACGUCAAGGCCUACGUCAGCCCCCUGGCUGGAGCAUUUUCCUGGCUGCUCGCCUUCUUGGUAACGAAAAUCUUCCCUAGUCUACGCGAUGGCCUCGGUAACGCCGGAGUCUUCUGGCUGUUCUCCGGCAUCUCGCUCAUCGGAACCGGUUUCGUGUUCUUCGUGGUCCCGGAAACCAAGGGUAUUUCCCUGGCGGAAAUCCAGCGGAUGCUGUCCGGUGAGAAGGUGCGACGACCCAACGGCCACAGCAACUUGGCCAUGGAAGGUGACGAGAAAACCUAUACGCAGUAGAAUACGUUAUGUGGU